AGGAGACUUCAACUUUGCUAAGACAAAAGUUCCGCAAGUAUGACCCCUUCUCAAGUCACUUUUGAAGUAAGAGGACCAUCUGUGACAGGAGAGGUUUUUGCAAUAUGUGGGAACUGCAAUGCUUUGGGGAAUUGGAAUCCACAGGUUGCAGUAAUCCUUCAAAAUGUUGAUGGCGUAUGGAAAACAACUGUAAAGCUUCCUAGAGGAGUUCCUGUUCAGUAUCGAUAUUUUAAAGGGUACUUCUUAAAACCUAAGACUAUCGGUGGUCCCUGCCAAGUCAUAGUUCACACGUGGGAGACUCAUCUACAACCACGAUCAAUAACCCCUUUAGAAAAUGAAAUAACUAUUGAUGAUGGAAGCUUUGGAGUCCAUAAUGGUGUAAAAACUGUGGAUGCUGGCUGGCUGACAUGUCAAACAGAAAUAAGAUUGCGCCUGCAUUAUUCAGAAAAACCACCUGUGUCAAUAUCCAAGAAGGAAUUUAAAACAUCAAGGUUUAGAGUAAAAUUGACUCUAGAAGGCCUAGAGGAAGAUGACGAUGAGGAGGAGGAAGAGGACCAAGAUAAAACAUCCCCUUCUUUCCCUCGGAAAAUGGCAAACACUCUGGAGAUCUCCUUAAUAAGUAACAAUGAAUAUAAAUCUCGACACUCUCAGCCAGAAUGUGGCUACGCUUUACAGCCAGAUCGAUGGACAGAAUAUACUAUACAAACCAUGGAGCCUGAUAACUUGGAAUUAAACUUUGAUUUUUUUGAGGAACACCUGGGUGAGAAAGUGCUACAAGGAGAUGUGCUCCCAGGUCAUGUGGCUUCUGCCUGCCUCCUGUCAUCCACAAUUGCAGAGCAGGGAAAGUGUGCUGGAACUCUGACACUUCCUAUAAUGAGCCGACUUUCAAGGAAGACAAUCGGGAAAGUUAGAGUGGACUACAUUGUCAUUAAGCCAAUACAAGGAUACACUUGUGAUAUGCAGGCCUCAUAUGCAAAGUAUUGGAAACCAAGAACGACUCUAGAUGUUGGACACAGAGGAGCUGGAAAUUCUACAACUACAACUAAACUUGCUAAAGUUCAAGAGAAUACUAUCGCUUCUCUGAGGAAUGCUGCUAGUCAUGGAGCAGCAUAUGUUGAAUUUGAUGUACAUCUUUCUAAAGAUCACGUGCCUAUUGUGUAUCAUGAUCUCACGUGUUGCAUGGCAAUGAAAAAGAAACUGGAUACUGAGCCUUCGGAACUGUUUGAGAUUGCAGUCAAAGAACUCACGUUUGAUCAGCUGCAGUUGUUGAAGCUGGCUCAUGUGACUGCCAUGAAAGUAAAAGAUCACAAUGCGUCUUUUAAAGAAGAGGAGAACUUUGCUUUUGAGACCCAGCCAUUUCCUUCUCUGCAGACAGUCCUGGAGUCUGUUUCUGAAGAUGUUGGGUUCAACAUAGAAAUAAAAUGGAUCUGCCAGCAAAGAGAUGGACAGUGGGAUGGCAACUUGUCAACUUAUUUUGAUAUGAACCUCUUUGUAGAUAUUAUUCUAAAAACUAUUUUGCUAAAUGCUGGAAGAAGGAGAAUUAUUUUUUCUUCAUUUGAUGCAGAUAUCUGUACAAUGAUUCGGCAUAAGCAAAACAAAUAUCCUGUAUUAUUUCUCACUCAAGGAGAAUCUGAUUUCUAUCCAGAGCUUAUGGAUCUUAGGUCUCGCACAACUUCAAUUGCUAUUAGUUUUGCCCAGUUUGAAAAUUUACUGGGAAUUAAUGUUCACUCCGAAGACCUGCUGAGGAAUCCAAUGUUUAUUGAACAAGCCAGAGCUAAAGACUUAGUUAUUUUCUCAUGGGGUGAUGACGCAAAUGACCCAGAGAACAGGAAGAAGUUGAAAGAAUAUGGUGUUCACGGCCUAAUAUAUGACAGGAUAUACGACUGGAACCCUGAACAACCAAACAUAUUCCAGGUAGAGCAGCUGGAACGCCUAAAGCAGGAAUUACCGGAGCUGAAGAGCUGUGUGUGUCCCACAGUUAGCCACUUCAAAUCCAUAUCCCUGUGCAAAUGCCGCCACAGCCGCCGGGAAGUGAAAGGUGUAGAUAACUUGAACAGCAUCCAUGUCAACAGUGACUGA